GCCGAGGAUCUGCGCCUCGGAAUUUCCUGUGUUUUCCGAGCGUGGGGCGAGGCAGACGGAACGCGGAGGCGCAAAGAGGCGGGCAGGUUUUCUCAGGUGACGCUGCUUAGCUUCCUGCUACCGCAGCAAUUUGCAGCUAGUCGGAACUGCCUCUCCGGGGAUCAGCGACCCGGCUAGCAUUCUUGCCCUGAAAGGAUCCCACAUUUGAUACCAUGACUCAUCUCACCAUUCAAAGCGUUCGCGAGGUGAUGAAAGCCAUGUUGGAGUCGCCCUGCUUCGAUCGGGUGGCGAAUAAGAUGAAGGUUGUCUCUGCAAACCCUGGAAAAAUUGUCUGUGAAAUGAAAGUUGAAGAACAGCACACAAACAGAGGAGGAACUCUGCAUGGGGGCCUGACAGCAACUUUAGUAGACAUUGUGUCAACAGCUGCAUUAAUGUAUACUGAAAGAGGAGCACCGGGUGUUAGUGUGGACAUGAAUAUUACGUACAUGUCAUCAGCUAAGAUUGGGGAAGAAAUCCUGAUCACUGCUGAGGUUCUGAAGCAAGGAAAAACUCUGGGUUUUGCCAACGUGAAUUUAACAGAUAAGAUAACAGGAAGACUGAUAGCUCAAGGGAGGCACACCAAGCACUUGGGAUACCAGUCAUAAAAAAUAAAAUAAAAUCCUGAGAAGAAUGCAGGAUGGAGGAGUGUAACACAGAAAGUUUCAAAAGCUGAAGUGUAGCCAUUGGGUAAUGAAAUGAUAUUGCAAUGUUGAAAUCUGUUGUUUAAAUUACAUUGUCGGCCCAAGGUCAGAUUUGUUGGUGUAUAAGUGUACACACGUGGUUGUACUUGUAUUCAUAUUUAUGUACAAACAUGCCUAGGGUGGAUGGAUAAGGUGUGACUUUUAUUUGUUAAUGGAACAUACAUGUAAGAAAUAGUUUCUCCUGCUAGGAAAAAUUAGUAUGGUGGAAUUAAUAUAAGUGUGAACUUUGAAGCACUGAAGAAAAGAUAAGAGAAAACAGAAAGCUUUUCCUCCUGAAACUUAAAGUUCCUUUUGAGUUUCAGUUGUGGGAGGGACAGAUGAUGACAUUUUCUCUUUGUCAACCUCAGCAACUUUUAAGCCUGGCUGGCUGGGGAAUUGUAGGAGUUGAAGUCCACAGCUGCAGGUUGCUGAGGUUGGAAAACAUUGUUCUAAGCACUGGAUUGAAUCAAGAAGAGAAGCCGUUUUUCCCAGAUGUAAUUCUUUCCCUGCAGCUCUGGGAGGAACAAAACACUCAGGGAAGCAGUUUUCCAUCUUUGGGAAGAGCAUAAAAGGCGAUGCUAGGAGUUACAAGGUUUUCAAAAAAGUAACGUGGGAUUCAACCCAUUAUGUUUGCAGGGGCUCCAGGUGCCUUUUGUAUUGGUGCCUUUAAGCCACGGGGUUCACCUGAAUGUAUUUUUUUUUAAAUCCAGUGUUGAAUGAGUGCCCACCUAAUAAAACAAGGUGAAAGUCCAAAAUCUUUUAAAUGGCAGUAUUCUUUCCAAAGGAAUUUGUCUUGUUAAAAAGUCCUGAGUGGCUGCUGCUAUUCAGUAACAUUUUGAUUUAGAAAAUUUUAAUUUCAGUGUAAAUUCAUUUCUGCUAUGCGUACCACAACACCAGUAAGAAGAUUUUAUCCCUUACUUUCUUACACUUUUUAAUUUAAAAACUAUCCCAGAAUCAGCUGCACCGAAUGUAGAUGAGUGCAGAAACAGCGUAAGUGGUGGAAGGAGAAAGCAGAGGCUAAUAUUAAUUAAUUAAUUAAUAAUAAUAAUCUCAGUUGACUGAGUUUUCCUAUUUAAUAAAUAAAGUAAAUAAUAAUG